AUCUUUCAAGAUGGUGAUGCACUUGCUUCAUCGGUGGUAAUCCUUUUAAUUUCUAAAACCGUGUACAAAAACGAUAAAACAAAGCCUCGUUUCCAAUUGACAAGGACUUUAAUUUCGGAGGACAACGUUGCCUUUAUUACAUUUCAAACAUGUCGACAGAGGAACUGUCAACCUCGGACAGCGACGCUGCCUUUGCUGGGGCUGGCGAGCGAUGGGCGCCCGUCGGUGCUGUAGCCAGCCCGGAGGAUGAGAGCGGGAAGGGAUACGCGGUCGAGCCGAGGAGGAAAGGCUCAGCUGCGGCUGAUGAGACGGAGAUGGCCGCAAGAUUGAGGAAACUGGAGGACGAACAGGGCCUACUGAAUUCCUCGCUCCUCGCUUUGACGUCUCAUUUUGCACAGGUGCAGUUCCGCUUGAAGCAGAUAGUUCACGCUCAGACUGAUGAGAAGGAGAGGAUGCUGGUAGAACUCGAGGAGUUUGCCUUUAAAGGCUGCCCUCACGUAGUGGGAUGCAGGGCACAGGAUACUCAACAGUUUGAAAACGCGGAGGACCUGAGUGAGAGGGAGAAGAGGGAGCGUCUGGAGGUCCAGAGGGAGAAGCAGAAGGAGCUCAUCGUCCAGCUGAAGACCCAGCUGGACGACCUGGAGCGCUAUGCCUACCAGGAGGGCAGCUACGACUCCCUGCCCCAGUCUGUGGUCAUGGAGAGACAGAAGGUAAUCAUUGACGAGUUGAUCAAGAAGCUGGAUGUGAACUUCAACGAGGACAUAGGGAACCUGACGCCUGAGGAGCUGAGACAGAGAGUGGACGCUGCCAUCGCUCAGAUAGUCAACCCAGCCCGGGUCAAGGAGCAGCUGGUGGACCAGCUCAAGACCCAGAUCAGGGACCUGGAGAUGUUCAUCAACUUCAUCCAAGAUGAGGUAGGGAACCCUCUUCUGUCUGACGGGGAACCCAGCCAGCAGCCGAGGACAGCAGGGCCCAACACCAGAGCCCCAGGAGGGAGGAAGAAAAUGGACCCAGAGCAGGUCCAGAAGAUGAGGCAGACAGGCUUGCAGCUGAUCCAGCGGGCCCUAGCAGUGCUGCAGAUCUUUGCAGUGAGCCAGUUUGGCUGUGCGGCUGGCCACGUUCCCCAGAGCAUGUGGUCGCAGGGGGAAGGGGGCCAGGACUAUGGCCCUCUGCUGCAGCGUCUGGAGGGGGCUGUGGACCGGGUUCGAGUGCAGGCCUCGUGCAGACAGCCCUCGGUAGAUCACGUGGUCAGCUACAACAGCAGCUUGGCCCUGGGGUCCUGUGAUGAGCUCACUGCCUCAGUGAGGAAGGAGCUGGCCAUUGCCCUGAGAGACCUGCUAGCCCAUGGUCUCUACUCCCCCUCCCAGGGCAUGAGUCUGGUGCUGGCCCCGAUCUCCUGCCUGCUGCCCUACAGACCUGGCCCAACAACCAUCCACCCCUGGGAGCUCUUCGUCAAGUACUACCACUCCAAAAACGGCAAGGCCUUCGUGGAGUCGCCGGCCCGCCAGCUCUCGCAGUCCUUCAGCCUGCCUGUUGCGGGCAAUCCGGUCACUGUCACACCCAAGCAGUCCCUGCUCUGGGCCAUUCACUCAGUGCUGCUGGAGCAUGAUCGCUACAAGCGAGGAGCAGACUCAGAGUUCAAGGCUCUGGUAUGCAUGGCUCUGAACGAGCAGAGGCUGGUGUCAUGGCUCAACCUGCUGUGCAAAUCCGGGGCUUUGGUGCACCCGCACUACCAGCACUGGAGCUACAUGGCUCAGACGGGCUUCGAGGGAGCCCUGCACAUUCUGGGACGUAUCAGCCACCUCAAGUUUAACCUACCGGUGGACCUGGCUGUGAGGCAGCUCAAGAACAUCAAGGAUGCCUUCUGAGAAGGGACUGGCGAGAGACACCCAAAACCAUGCUUUCAGCUCACAUGGUUACCCAGACCUGAUUAGGGGCCAAAAAUAAUACAAUCAACCGACCCUUGAGGACCGGAAGGCAUGGUUUGGGUGUCCCUCAUGUGCUGAAAUUAUAUAAUCGGCAUAAAAGAUUUGUGCUAAUGUUGCUUUAUCAGUGUCACUUUAAAGUUAUCUUGGGUCAUUGGGUCAAUAAAUGUAACUAACGUUUCAUUUAUCCAUGCU